GCUGGUGGCGGGGCGGCGGGAGGAGCGAAGCGGGUCUCGGCGGGGUGAAACCCGAAACCUCCGGUCCCCGAGCGCGGCCGGGAGGAAGGAAGCGGCGGCGGCGGCCGAGGCGGAGAGGCGGCCAGGCGGGGCCCUGAGCUGCCGCGGCGUCGGCUCUCGGGUCUUUUUCAAUGCAGAAAUAAAUGCUCACCCAGUCUGGAAAUACAGUCGUCCAGCAUGCUCUGCCCACCCCCCGCCGAGGCGCACUGACCAUGAGCUUCAACUCCUCCCUCAGCCACAGGAAGGAGCUGAGUAACCUCACCGAGGAGGACGGUGGCCAAGGGGGCGUCGUCGUCACCGAGUUCAUCGCCAUUGUCGUCAUCACCAUUUUCGUCUGCCUGGGCAACCUGGUCAUCGUGGUCACCUUGUACAGGAAGUCCUACCUCCUCACCCUCAGCAACAAGUUCGUCUUCAGCCUGACGCUGUCCAACUUCCUGCUGUCCGUGCUGGUGCUGCCUUUCGUGGCGACCAGCUCCGUUCGGAGGGAAUGGAUCUUCGGCGUGGUCUGGUGCAACUUCUCGGCCCUCCUCUACCUGCUUAUCAGCUCGGCCAGCAUGCUCACCCUCGGGGUCAUCGCCGUCGACCGCUACUAUGCGGUCCUGUACCCCAUGGUGUACCCCAUGAAGAUCACAGGUAAUCGAGCCGUGGUGGCGCUCGCCUACAUCUGGCUUCACUCCCUCAUCGGCUGCCUGCCACCUCUGUUUGGUUGGUCAUCGGUGGAGUUUGACGAGUUCAAGUGGAUGUGUGUGGCUGCGUGGCACCGGGAACCUGGCUACACCGCCUUCUGGCAGAUCUGGUGUGCCCUGUUCCCCUUCCUGGUCAUGCUGGUGUGCUAUGGCUUCAUCUUCCGCGUGGCCAGGGUCAAGGCACGCAAGGUGCACUGUGGCACCGUGGUCCUUGUGGAGGAGGACGCGCACGGGAACGGGAGGAAGAACUCCAGCACCUCCACCUCUUCCUCGGGCAGUAGGAAGAACGCCUUUCAGGGCGUGGUCUAUUCGGCCAACCAGUGCAAAGCGCUCAUCACCAUCCUGGUGGUCAUUGGGGCCUUCAUGGUCACUUGGGGCCCCUACAUGGUCGUCAUCACCUCUGAGGCCCUCUGGGGGAAGAACUAUGUCUCCCCAACCCUGGAGACCUGGGCCACUUGGCUGUCCUUUACCAGUGCCGUCUGCCACCCGCUGAUCUAUGGACUCUGGAACAAGACGGUUCGCAAGGAACUACUGGGCAUGUGCUUUGGGGAUCGGUAUUACCGGGAACCGUUUGUGCAGCGGCAGAGGACUUCCAGGCUCUUCAGCAUUUCCAACAGGAUCACAGACCUGGGCCUGUCCCCACACCUCACGGCACUCAUGGCAGGCGGGCAGCCCCUGGGUAACAGCAGCAGCACGGGGGACACCGGCUUCAGCUGCUCUCAGGACUCAGGAACGGAUGUCGUGCUGCUCGAAGACUUCACGUCUGAUGACAACCCUCCCUCCCACACUUGCCCACCCAAGAGGAGGAGCUCAGUGACGUUCGAAGAUGAAGUGGAACAAAUCAAAGAAGCCGCCAAGAACCCUGUUCUUCACGUGAGAGCCGAAGUGCACAAGUCCUUGGACAGUUACGCAGCCAGCUUGGCCAAAGCCAUAGAGGCUGAAGCCAAAGUCAACUUAUUUGGGGAGGAGGCGCUGCCUGGGGUCUUGCUUGCCGCACGGACCGUCCCCGGGGUUGGCUUUGGGAGCCGCCGAGGCAGCAGAACUCUCGCGAGUCAGAGGCUGCAGCUGCAGAGCAUCGAAGAGGGGAACGUUCUAGCCGCGGAGCAGACGUGAGGGUGGAUGCCCUCAACACACACUGGUGUGCAGCCAUCAGAAAAAACACUGAACACAAUGUCUGUAAGUGACUUCCGUGUCUCUGUGAGACCACACGUGGGCUUCCUUGAGGUCUCAGCGAUGGGACCAGAGGCAUCUAGAGUACAAAGCAGAGCCAACGGAGGUGUGGCUGAGACUUUGUGGGAGGUGGGCCGUAGAGGGGAUCUAGAGACCACGGCUUAGACGGAGACCGCCGCGUGGGUCACUUCCUCCUCUGCACAUCCUGUGCCCUGGGGGUCCAGCCACGCACUGUCCCGGAGGCCUCAGGAGGCGAGCCCUUCCCAGGGCCCUUCGGAGGAUGACGCUGCUUCUGGGUGGUUGAUGUGGACCCUGCCGGGCCGUCAGUUUUACACUAAAUGGUCCCCAGAGGAGAGCCCAGGAGCCGAGCUCCCCAGAUCCAGGUGCUGCGCCCUGGGGUCCUGGUUAUGACCUCGCCUCUGGUGGCGCCACCUGCUGGUGCUAGUAGGGACAGCUCAUGGGCCGCUGGGUGGACGCAACAGGCCUGGGGCUGCUGUGACUGAGGACGGGGCCGCCUCCCUAGUGACUGAGUCUUUUGCUAUUUCAUAAGAAGGGAGAAACCACUGUAAAAGACAGGAGGAAGGAGCAGAUACCAGAUGUUUCAUUUCUAGAAUUUAAAAAAACAAAAAAAUCCAUUUGGUUAGGAUGAAACCACGAUCUUAACUGAGCCUGAAAGGGCCAUGGGGCCAAGCGCUGCUGGGAACUAGAGAUACUGUUAUCGUUGGAGGGAAUCCCCUUCACAUAGGAAGACCUCAUGGAAUAGACUCGGCUUGUGAUGUUUGAUGGACUGUUUCGAUUAGCUGGCCUCCAGGGAAUACUCCUGUAGGCAGCAGCUACCAUUUCCCAGCCCUGAGCAGUGUAAGACGAGACAGACUUGAAGAAACGCUGGACCUGGCGUCAGCAACCUGCGUGCAGGCCCGGCUCCGCCGUACCUUCCUCAUGUCAUUGGGACUCCCUGUCACCUCUAGGCCGUCUGGAAAAUAAGAUAAGGGAGUGAGGAGUUGGAUUGAAUGGUGGCCAGGAUCAUUUCUAACUCUGAUCUUUGAUGUCCUCUGAAUUUGUAAGUUAGAAAAAAAAAAAAAAGUGACCCAUGGACCAAUGUUUGCACAGCUUUGGAGUGUGGUUUCUAGUGGGCACGUGAAGCACUGCUGCAAGCCCGGGUACGUGGGCUGAUCCGAUGUGUCUGGAGCACCGUUCUGACAGGAUGCCAGCCGGCAAGACACAUCAAUGGGGGCAGAGGCGGAAGUGGGCCACGCAUUGUGGCUUGUAUGUUAGGUCUCUCUCCCUUGGAGCUGGGAUGGCCGUCACAUGUGUGGGCUUGGAGCGGUGGCUGUGGUGACGUGAACCACCUGUGCCUGCCCUUCAGCUUGGGCGAUUAGGUCAGCCAAGUGCAGGCCUUUCCCCGCCUUCAGAAUUCCGGGGGGUCAGCAGAGGGUACAUUCUGAGGAGAUCUACCUGCGUCUGCUAUGAGGCAGCCAUCCCAGAAAGGGGAUCACGUUUGUGGCGUUCCAUUGGGGUCUAGCUAGCUCUCAGUGAGGCAGUGUCUCUUUGCUGUGUGGCAGAGACCCAGUGGUUGGCUGGUCCCCUGGUCUGCAAUUUACAGAAGACUUCCUGAGACCUGGGGGCUGCUACCUUCAUGGUGAUCAAACUCCUCAGCAACUCCUGUGGGUCAGCCGGGUGCCAGCCACGGGUCUGCAUUCUGGAUGGGAGUGGGAAGGAUCAGAAGGUGGUUUCACCCUUGGGUUCUGCCGAUGAGAUGUGCAGAUCAGUCAGACUCUGCUGUCACUACUGGGUGGCGUUCCGGAACCUGAGGGCAUUUUAUGUUUUCUGCAUGUAUUUUUUCCUAGCACUGGUCCUUGUCUAGUUUCUAAAGGGACCAUACUUCUGAGCUUCUAGUACGCACCAAGGUGGAACAGGGCAGGGACCUUUACCUCUAGGUUGGAAUAGCCCACGAUGCCACCCCUCCCCCACCCCUUAGGGCAUUUUGAGUGCCGCAAAGUGACUUGCAACCCAGGGGCUGGAGAGUGCUUCCCCUGGACUGUACUUAGCUGGGCUCUAGGGAGAGAGUCCUGAGACAUCUCCCGGCCUCCAAGUCCUCACUGGCUGAUCCCAAACUAGCUUAGAUACACUAGGAUUUAAUCUAAGCCGAUCUAGCAAUACUGCGCUUCCUGAAAGCAUUCUGUGCGUUUCCUCUUUUCUACCGAGGUCCAUUUAUUUAUUCAUCUACCAGACACUGCACCUCCAGCGUGUGCAAGGCACCAAGCUAGGCUCUGUGAGUACUAACACUAAAGCGUGUUCACUCUAAUAUAGGGAGAGACCUGGGAGAGACUGAGGCUAAUAAAUUGCAAAGUCCAUGAAUGAUUAUAGAAAGAACUGUGGGCUCCAGAGGGAGGUGAAUAUUUCCGAUUAGAAGGAGUUAGGGGUAGCACCAUGUAGGAGGUGACUGUUUGAGCCAAGCCUUGGAGGAUGUCUGGCAGCUGGAACCAUAUUUUCCAUAUUCAUGAAUUCAGAUUUUCCUUGAUUCAGCCUAAGCGAGAGAAAGGAGAGCAAAAGGAGGUGGAUGGGGGAGAGGGCGAGGACAUAAUCCCUACAUGCUCUGACGUUUCUGAGAGGAUUUUUGAGGACCCCUGUCCUUAGUGCAGAACCCCAGCUGCCCCCGCUGAACCCAGGCCCAUUAUAAUGCUUUAUUCUGCUGUGCAGUGGCAGCCUGAGGACUUCCUGAGGGGGCCACGUGGACAGUGGCAGGUGGGACACUUGGCCACUUGUUCACGUCAAAACCUCAGUCCUGCAUCUUCUGGUUUUGACAGGACCACGUUUAGGACUGUUGCCCAUCUCUGCUUCUUUCAUAGAGAUUGCCACUUGACCGGGUCCCCCCCAGUGCUAUACCCCAGAUACCAGGUUUGGGGGCUAGUGUGACCCAGAAGGCACUGGAGUGCCACGCCACUGAGCACACAGCUCAAUCCCUAGCCUUUUCCCAGGCCAGACGCACCAAGACUGGAGUUCAGGGCCUUCGACACUAGGUGGCAGCAGUGUGGCUGCGAUGCCGCUGGCAGUUCCCCACCGGGAAGAGCUAAGGGUAAAGCUGAAGGCUCGUUUGCUUCUGGCUUCGAGCACCUACUCUGAGCUCCUGGUCUCCACUGCAGUCCUCGGCCUUUAAAGGACCACCCAGCUAGCUUGCUUACAAGUGUGACCCCAUUCGGGGUUGCAGGUACUGCCAGUGCUCAGCUGUGUGAGCUUAAGCAAAUCACUGCUGUAGAAACGGGGUUGAGGAAUGUUAAGACGAGGGCCAUCUGGUGCUAAUGUUCUUUGAUUCUCAUUUAAGGAGCUGCUGGGUAGUCUCUGAGUGAACGGCAGGACUAAUUCAAGUGUUUGCAAUAGGCCAAGGUAGUUUGGAGUGGACAGGAGAAGGAGGAAAAGCGCUUUGAUACAGUGAGAGACUUUACUGGCCUGUUCAGAUUUAACUAGAUGAGUAUUUUGUCUAUCCUGAUAGUGGGUCCCUGAAAUACUUGCAGAUUAGAGACAGGUCUGCGGAUGGACCACGGGAUAUACUCACGACAAGGGUUCAGCCUUGAGCCCCAGCCGUCUCCCGUCUGGAAGGAACUGUGAAGGUGAUGUGGCUACCAAAGGAUGAGACAGGGAACUAGCACAUAGUGCCUACUGUGUGCCUGACCUGUUAAGACAUCUGAGUGCCCGUCAUGUGCUAGGCAUUAGUUGGGCACUUCCAAAUGCUUUAUCUCACUGCAAAUGAUACAGUGGGGAUAGUGCAGGCUUUGGUAUGGGACGUUCUGGGUUCGGAUUCCACGCUGCUGCUUCUGAGUAAGGUGUCCUUGGGCUAAUUACUCGAUCUUUCUGUAUUGCAGUUUCCUCAUCUAUAAAAUGAACUUUGUAUUCUGUUUCUAUGUGGGGACACAGACUCCAGGGGGCCCUCUGAUUAUGUGGAUUAGGGCAUCCAGCACAGUGCCUGGGGCAUAGCGGAUGCUGAACCCCUGCUGUUUCUUCUCCACUCUGCAGGAUACAAUGGUGACCAAAACAGUCACAGUCUCUGUCAUCAAGGAGCUUAUCUAGACUGAACACUCAAGGGAGUGUACAAUUACAGCCCGGCGAGUGAGCACGGCACGUCCUCUCAAGUUCCAUGAUUUACACUUGCUGUUCCUCUGCUUGGGACACCUUCACCCAGUUCUUCAGCUGUAAUGGUUCUGCUUACUCAUCUCGAUACGACUAUUAUUCCCUGUGUGAAACUUCCCCCAGACUUUUUCAAAUACCCAACCUGCAGAAUUAUGAACUCCUUCCUUCACACUCCAGAAUAUUCUGUGUGUAUCGUGUAAUAAUUACAGUAAUAGCUUGUUUGCCUGUCUUCUUACAGACUAGACUGUGAGCUCCUGGGAAGAUGGUAGUUAUUUCUUUUAUGUCCUAAGGGUCUAGUAUGAGAGGUUCAAUGAAGGUUUAUCAAAUAAAUGAACGUCAGUUUUACUAAGAUAAGAUAUAUUACGUUAGGGUAUGUAAAGAAGGCAACAGUACCGAAUCACUACCACCACUAGCGUGGAACCCUUUCUAUCACAGAAAGAUUUCUCCAGGGUAAGCUGUGGGAAAAAAGGCUUAGACACGGGGGAAACAGUUCCGUCCCACUGUCAACACCAAGAGAAAACGGAAUCCUGAGAUUUUAUUAUCUACAGAGGCUUAAACACUCCCAUUGGAUUCUAAGUCAACAACACCAGUAUACAGAAGGGAUUGUAUGUUUAAUUGUCCAAGUGAAUUAGAUUAAAUCCCCUCUACGCCAACGCCAUUUCAAUGUCAAACUAAUGAGAUAAUGUAUGUGUGUAUGAUUUGUAACCUGAAUUAUACAAAUUUUAGUUAUUAUUAUAUAAUAAGUGUUCAAUACACAUUUGUAAAAUAAAUGAACAAAAUAAGAUGAUGACAGACCUUCACAGGUCACUAAGGAAUCUAAACUCAGUGGAAGACUUUCUGAUCAAUAAAAGGCUACCUAAGGGAUGUUAGUAUAAAAGAGAUUACACUCUUUUUAUUGGAUGAUAUACUUUCAUGAGAGAAAAAAACAUGAAGUUGCUAUUCUGCUUAACCAGAGUAUCGUGAAUAGGAUAUAACAACUGAGUAUAUUCAACACACCUAUUCUGUCAUAUUACUGGAGACUGAGGAAGCACUAUCAGCCUAUUUCAGAAUGUGUAGGGUGGCCCAAAUUCUUUCUGGUUGUCACACUUACGCAUGAAGAUGGGGACAUGGAGGGGAAGGAGGAAAUGUCACAGCCUUCAAAUCAAGCAGUUUACAGCAGACAUUAGAAUUCUGCAGAGUCCAAAGCAAGUGACAAGAAGGCGAGGGAGGGCCCCUGGAGUCUCAUACGGGUCACACGGUAACUGACAGUGGCUUGUGGAAUGAGGAAGAGGGCAGAACAGCUGUCCGUUUCUCAAAUCCUUCUCACUUAACUGCUGCCAAGUCAUGUCUCAGAAUAGAAACCCAACUUCUAAGAAUAAAUUAAAUGAAAUCUUUUUGUCCACAAAGUGCUACUGAGGUAGGAAAACUGAUAAGCAGUUCAACACUUUCACAAAUCUCUGGCUGGUAAUUACAGACCACGGAGAUCUGAGAACACUGUGUUCUUUUAAAUGAAAACUAGAAAUAAUCACUUCUGUAUCCACUGUUUUCGAAAGUUGACAACACCAAACUGCUCCUGUAAGUAAGGUUUACAUUUGUGGAAAGGUUCCUGUAAUUCUCUGUUAGAAAUAUUUCUUCAAGAAAUUAUUUUUGAUCAGAAAAGAUAAGAUCAUGAAGAGAUACUAAGUUUGCUGGGGGUGUGGGGAGGGGACAAGGGAGAUAUGAAAAAAAUACCCCAAGGAAACCUGUGUUCCAACAAAACAGAGUCAAUACAAGACUCAUCGUUAGCUAAAGAUUUGAUACUAGAAGUUCAUUCAUUUGUUCACCCAUUCAUUCACGAAACACUAUUAUAUGCUAGGCACUGUUCUAGAAGCUAGCUAUCCAGCUGUGAAUAAGACAAACUAGGUCUCUGGUCUUAAUGAGCUCACUUUCUAGAGGAGAAAAACAGAAAAUAAGAAAGGUAUUUUUCUCCUUUAAUCUGUGUAGCAAGACAAAAAUAAAGAAAUGAAGUUAGAAUAAGUACUUGAUGAAAUAGGCAAUGACCAGAGAGUGACUGAAUGAGAAGGAGGGUGUGAGAAGGCACAUGAAACAACUUCACACUGGGCGACUAGGGAAGACUUUUCUAAGGAGGUAACACUGGAGCUGAGACCUCAAUUGUAUGUUCAAUUAUUAGUGAAGUUGGGGGACGAAGUUGCCUAAAAGGCAGAGGAAACAGCCAGUGAAAAGGUCCUAAAUAUGCUAACAAGCUUGACGAAUCUGAGGAGGAAAGUAGCCAUUUAUGGCUGAAAUGUAGUGGGCGAGGAGAAAACUGGAAUGUGUCGACUCAGUGGCUGGCAGGUCUAGGUCAUGUAGAUCAGCGUAUGAAGUCUGGGUUUUAAGAGCAGCUGGGGAGUCCCUGAGAAUUUUAAGCAAGGGUGACAUAACCUAAUGUAUAUUUUUAAAAAGUGGGUCAGCAAACUAUGGCCCCUGCGCAAAUCCUCCCACAGCCUAUUUCUGUAAAUAAAGUUUUAUUAAAGCAGAGCCAUGCCCUUGAUCUACAUAUUAUCUAUGGCUGCUUUUGCACCACAAUGUCAGAAAUGAGUAGCUGCAACAGAAACCACAUGGCCCACAAAGCCUAUUUACUGUCUGGCCGUUUAAAGAAAAAGUUUACUGACCCACGUUUUAGUUUUAUUUUUGGCUGUGUUGGGUCUUCGUUGCUGUGUGCGGGCUUUCUCUAGUUGCGGUGAGUGGGUUUCUCAUUGCGGUGGCUUCUUCUUGUUGCGGAGCACGGGCUCUAGGAUUGCGGGCUUCGGUAGCUGCAGCACGUGGGCUCAGCAGUUGCAGCACCUGGGCCCUAGGGCGUGUGGGCUUCAGUAGUUGUGGCUUGCGGGCUCUAGAGUGCAGGCUUAGUAGUUGUGGCGCACAGGCUUAGUUGCUCCGCGGCAUGUGGGAUCUUCCUGGACCAGGGACCGAACCCGUGUCCCCUGCACUGGCAGGCAGAUUCUUAACCACUGCGCCACCAGGGAAGUCCCUGACCCAUGUUUUAAAAAGCUCCCUCUGUGCUGUGGAAAUCAGAUUGUAUGAAGGCGAGAGCAGAAGCAGGGAGACCAAGGUAGAUGAAUAUGGAUUCUAUUCUGGAGUAAAGCUACCAUAAUUGAUGGAGUGAAUCUGUGUAUGACUGGGUAAGUGCCUGUGAGCUCAAUAUGAUGUUACGCUCUAUAGAUCCAUCGUGGAGAACACUGUGGCUAUCUAGAUGUACGUGUGCCAAGGUCCAGAGGUAUGAAGGGAUGCUUCAGGGUUUUAUAAACCAUAUUAACAUAUUUGGACUCUAUCCUAAGAGCAUGAGGAGGCCCAGGAGAAUUUUAAGGAGGAGAGUACAUUGAUCAGAUUCUAACGUAUUUUAGAAAAGAUUAGAAUGGUUCACACACCAUCUCUCCAAAGCCUGUCAAAACUUCUAGGAAUCUCAGAACUGCCUUUCUCUCUCAAGAAGUUGCCUAGACUAAAAGUCUUCAGUACAGCAUUCAUGAGAAUAAUUUUGGUUGCUUUUUUAAAAUGCAGGAGCUCAAACCCUCUUCAGACGAAAUGAAUGAGAAUCUUUAAUGGAUAGGAACCAGGUAUUUGUAGUUUUAAAAGGGGGAUUUAAAGUGCACUCUUCAUUAAAAAUCACAGCUUAAGCAGGAAGGAGCUGAUUUCCCAGGAAGCCUUGUGCAGUAAUGGAAAGGCUGAAGUAUUCUGUGGCUAGAUUGUGCUUCCAUGAUCAAAGUCUAUUACUAACUCUCCUUGAAUACACAGACAUUAUUGUACUUGGAAUACAGGACAAUGAAGGGAAGGAGAGGAAAGGAGUAUUUGACUCAUCAAAUAACUAGACAUCUUAAGGAUAAAAGCAGCAGAAAUACAAACUCUUGGGUACCUUUUUCUAUCUAGUCUUUUACCUAAGAGAAACAAGAGGGUGAGUUAAGUUGACUAAACCUUGACUGCUGACAAAAAGAAAUAGAAGAAAGGGAACCUUUAUAUUAUAAAACAUCUAAUUCUAAAAUCAAAGAAGGAUGGUAAUAACUAUUAGUUAACAAACCAUUGACACAUUAGCAACUAUUUAAAAUAGAUUCUUGGACUUCCCUGGUGGCGCAGUGAUUACGAAUCCACCUGCCAAUGCAGGGGACACGGCUUCGAGCCCUGGUCCGGGAAGAUCCCACAUGCCGAGGAGCAACUAAGCCCGUGCGCCGCAACUACUGAGCCUGCACUCUAUAAAGUCUACAAGCCACAACUACUGAGCCUGCAUGCUGCAACUACUGAAGCCCACACACCUAGAGCUCGUGCUCCGCAACAAAGAGAAGCCACCGCAAUGAGAAGCCCGCACACUGCGAUGAAGACCCAAUGCAGCCAAAAAUAAAUAAAUUUAUUAGAAAAAAUAAAAUAGAUUCUUGCACAAAUGAAAGGAGAAUUAGUUUCCUAUAGGAAAACUCAGGAAGAACCAUUCACCAGAUGAACUCUUCAUAAGAACAAGCAAAUUUUAGUUGUCAUAAUCAGCAAAUGUUUUUCUUGUUCUAUAAAAUGCUGCCUCCUCAAAUCAGAAAUCCAAGUGAAUUUUAAAGGUUACUGAUUGUUACUGAAGAAAACAGAUCAAAAGAUGUUACAGUGGUUAGAAGUACUACAAUAAUAUUUUGUUGGACUACAAACAUUUUCUGUUUACAUUUUAGGUUUAUUUUUUGUUUUGACUAUUUGAAAUUUUCACUCUUUCCUGGUAACAGUUAAUAUUUACAAUUUGAGGGUUAUUUUCUCUCCAGCUCUUUUAAUUACAGACAUAAGGGGCUUCUUUCAAUGCUUCAGAUGUACUACAGUCUCUCUCCUCCAGGACUUAGACAAAUGCUACAUACUCUUUAUUUUGCCUGGAAUACUUAGCUCUCCCUUCCCCACGCUCUGAGAAAGUGAUAUAUAAUCUACUGCUUAUAUAGACCUGAAGGUCUGAAAUGGAAGUUAUCCUAAUAAAGAGUGAGGAUGGGAGGGGACAUCAUGAUUAGAAAGAUCUCUGAAGUGGGAAAGAGUUUGAUGUACCCCCAAAUUCAGAGAGGGCCAGAGUGGAUAGAAAAGGAAAGAAUGCACUAGAAAAGCAGUUUGAGGUCAGGUCCUCCAGAGGACUGCGUGUCUUAUUCAUGACUUGAACGUGUUCCCGAAAGUGAAAUUUGUAGGUAAAAGGGGAGUAAGUGCUUGGAAGCUAGUUUCAAAUUCAGGCUUUACCAUUUAUCAGUUAUGUGACCUGGGGUGAGUUAUUACAAAUAAUCUGCUUUGUAAAGGGUUGGAGCUAACUGAGGGUAAAUUUGUGAAACGACUGUUGUAUUGCCUGAUACAUUACAGGUAUUCCAUAAAUGGUGGUGGUGGUUUUUAUUAAAUAAUACCCAACAUAUGCAGAAAUUUGUGAUAUCAGUGAAGAGUGAUAAACACUUUGUUUAUAAUGGAUACUGGAUAUUUUCUACUGUUAUGAACACAGGUUAUUCCAUUCCUUCUUGAAUAUUAGUUAUAAUAUACACAAUUUUGUAUCUGUGGCACUGAACCUCACAGUUUAUCAUCUAAAACAAAAAAAUACUGAAAAAAACAUACUGAGCUAUCUGUUUCAACCUCUGUAGUAACAUGUUACAUUUAUUUUUGUCUGGGCUGUGACUGAUUUUGACCAAACCUACCAUUGAAGGGUACUUACUAUAACGUAUCUUAAGGUUUAUGGUAUGAUCUUCCACUCUGAGAAGAAAAGCACAGCUGAUAAAAUUUUCAAAUGACUUCAUCUUUUCACUUUGAUACUUUUCAAUAAAGUUGGCUCAUGGGGAUAUAAAUUACUGUACUAAGAUCAAGAAUUCAUAGAACUCAUUCAAAAGUUAAGCUGCCUUCCAUGCACCUGUUCCCUCUGAGAGGACUUAAUGUCAGCAAGAAAUAAACUUCUCUUGUGUUAAAAAAAAAAAAGUUAAGCUGCCUUGACUUUGUAAUUUAAGGAAAUUUUUACUUUACUUUUUACUUUUACUUUACUUUUUACUUCACUUCACUUCAC